AUGAAGUUUGACUCCCAACGACAAACUCGACCUGGUCUCCAUCGAGUCGAAGUUUACAAACCGCAGAACAUAUAGUUGCCGAUCGACCGGAAGGAAGAAGAGACGAUCAUGUCGAGUUCACCGCUUUCAUCCACUCUAUCAACACCACCAAAAACAAAAGAAGACGAGCUGCCGGUUGGGGAAGAACUGGAAGAAGAACAGGACGAGGGAGAAGAAGAGCAGGACGAGGAAGAGCCGGAUGACGAUGAGGGCGAAGAGGUUGAAGAUGAGGAUGAACACGAGGACAAAGGCCAGCAUGGCGUACCCAAAGGACCCCAUGCCGAUCAGAUAGACCCACAACCUCAAAAAUCACAUACCGAUCAACCCCCACCCCCGCGUAACCAGCAGCAGCGAACUAAAAAAGUACAUAGUGAAAAAUCAAUCGGAACUACUAUCUUACCCGUCACAAGAGUCACGAGGGCCGCAAAACAAGAUAAAGAUAUCAAGAUCGUCUCGAAGGAAGCCGUCUUCUUGAUCUCAAUUGCCACCGAAUUUUUUGUUAAAAAAUUAACCAAUUCAGCUUUCGAAAGAUCAAAAGCAGAGAGAAGAGUGUUUGUGAAAUACAACGAUGUUGCAUCAGCAGUCAAAAGAAAUCCGGAAUACGAUUGGCUAGAAGAAGUGAUUCCGGCCUCAGUACCACUAAGUACGAUCCUAAGAGAUCCGACGAUACCCUCCUCAUCCACCGCAAUCACCAACUCACUCCCUACAGAAACGCUCAUGAGCCUAAACGAGUCCGCUUCCAAGCAACCAUCCAAGGCCUCGCUCACCGGCAACAGCACCACUGCGAGCAUUGAUGAUACCGAUUCUCAUCCUCCUCUAGAGCUCCCCUCGAAUCCGAUUGCUGAUGAUGGAAUGGACCUCGACGACCAAGAUGAAUUGGAUGAAGACCUCUGAAUAGCUUGAGAUCAGCGUCCCUUUUCUUCCGUCUGCUCACUGUGUUUCCAACGCGUCUGUAUUUUUGUUAAUUUUCAUUCCAUCAAAUCGCGCGCUUUUCUUUUCUCGAUGCCUGGGCAGCUCUGGGCCUCUGUCACAUCCAAAAAAAAAAAAAAAAAAAAAAACAAGCCUUCAGUUCUCAUUGGCCACAGUGCACUUAAUCUACUUGAGUUAUAUCUUCUACCUGUAUUCUUCCCUCACUUCAUUUGAUCUAGAACAUUAUAACUUGUUCUGCUUAUACAAUCUUCUUCUGUUGCGAAUAAACUGGGUAGUUUAAUAUUCAUUUCAAAUCCAUCAAUCACCCGCUGUGAUAACAUCUGCAAACUCAUUGGGGGCCAUGCUCAUCUCGACCAUUGUAGGAAUUCUAUUCCGUCUAGUUCCAUUCCUUUUUCUUUUCUUUGGGCUUUCUCAUCUUUUCACAUUCUUUUAUGGCAAUGCUUUUAUGGUAAUGUUGGAGACGGGGGCAAACUCGGACGAAACUAUGUAAGUCUGACACUCCGCAAAAAUGCCAUGAAUUUC